AUGUAUUUCGUAUAUUCAAUCCUACCUAAGAUCUAUACCACCCAUCUUCCUUGACCCGCAAGAACACAACAACAAGACAGACACUCACUCAACCACCUCCCCACGUACGAUGUCCAACCUAGCAUCCUCCCCCAUCACCUACCCACGAACGAUGUCUAACGCAUCCUCCCCCAUCAAAGCGGAGAUCCACUCGGACCCCUCCUUGAGCUCCAGCGCCAACAGUCCCCACUCCCCAUCUCCAAUGCCCAACGGAGUCUCGGGAAUCUCAGAUACCAUUGAAUAUACCGUCGAAUCCCUGCCCAACGGAACCAUCAAGAGCGAAACCCACACUCUGUCCCCGAAGACUGAGCGCGCGUCUCACGAUUCUUCCACCCUCGAUCAAUGGUCUGCAAAGAGCGAGGAGCCAGCCGAAUUCAAGAUGGAGCCCAGUCCAGAGCAGCAGCCAGGCGGGGUCAAAGUGAAGCACGAGGGGAGGAGUGACGAAGAAGAAGAAGAGAGCAACGACGAGAAGAACAGAGCCGAGCUGAAGCAGCUCGCCAACAUGUGGAUCGACGACCUGAUCGAGCUGACGAUCGACAUCCCCCAGAGAGUCACGCAGGGCAUGCUCGCGCUCCGGAUGUGCAUCGAGCUAGCUAGGACGGGCCAGCCUCUCACUGCGGCCCAGGAGAUCAUGCUGCGGGACGCGGUGAGGAAACUCGAGGCCGAGGCUGAGGAGUGGGAAACUGGGGAGUGGUACGUCGCGGAACAGAGCACGAUUGAUGGGAGUGAUUCGGAUUGAGUGGGCUGGCUGGGUGGAGGAGGUCUGUUGUUGUGUUGGAGGGGGGAACUAGGUACUCACUCGCUCGUCUGGAGGAAGUAUUGAAAUGGCCUGCCUGGAAGGCUGGAACAGGGCGGGUUUGAGAGGGGCUAUGAGUUCCUUAGGAUAUCCUUCUCUCUGAGGUUCCAUUGCCAAUACAACAGUUUCUGUCUGUCUCUCAUGAGGAAAGAAGUGAUAUAAUACAACAGGUUCUCUACAUUUCCCUCUUCGCCCGCAGGAGCUCGGCUUCUUCAUUCGGACUUCAGAUUGAGCCACAAGAUUUGAACUCACGAAUUGCUUUUGCCCGUGAAGUCUGAAGAAUCGUGGAGGUAUAGUUUGAUCUUAAAAUGCGGAGAGCUUUCUC